AUGUUGCAGGACACCCUGGCGGCAAUCGACCGAUGGAGCAGCGCGGUUGCCGACGGCCCAUGCAACCGCAAACAGGCCGAACUGUGUCAGCGCGUUGCGCAACAGGUCCGCGCAGAGCUGCUGGCAGAAGCCGGUGCCAGGCCGCAACCACUGCGUUGGGUGGUGCACGGGGGUCCCGGCACGGGUAAGUCGCACACGUUGAAAUUGAUCCGUCGUGAGCUCUUUGAGGGUAUCGCCGGGUGGACGCAUGGCUCGCAAUACCGCGUUGUCACGCUGCAGGCGGUGAUGGCCAAGGAACUGGACGGCGAUACCAUUCAUCACGCGAUGGGCUUAAAUUGGCAAGGCGCGUCCGACGACAGGAUCAGCGGAAGGAAAUUCCUCGACCUCAGUGCGAAGGCCGUGCAAUGGCGGUGGCUGAUCAUUGAUGAAAUAAGCAUGGUAAGCGCUGAGCUGCUGGCAAGAAUGGAUUUACGAUGCCGAGAGCUAGUGCGCGAUCUAGCGCAGAGCAAGUACGCCCCGGGCAGCGCACACGCGCAGCCCUUCGGAGGGUUGAACGUACUAGUGGCAGGUGAUUUAUGGCAAUUGCCACCACCACGCGGAACCUUUUUGGGGGAAGUGCCUUGGGAAAUGCUGACCAAGGGGAGCAGCAAAAAAGUCGCCCACACCGUGCAUGGGCAAAAGCUUGUGUGGGGCUCGCAGACGGAGAACAGCAUCAUCCACGGCAUCACAGAACUCGAGCAAUGUGAGCGCACGCGAGACACAUGGCUGCAGACGCUGCAGCAGCAGAUUCGGGAAGGUGCCUUGAGCGCCGACAAUCACGCCUUCCUCCAUGGGCACGACACAGGUGUCCCGGGAAGUUGGUCUGGCGAAAAAUUGGACUGCGAAAACGCAGCGUGCCAGCAACUGCUGCAGAGGAAAGUCGUCCCUGCUCGCAUUCGCAGACUCGAGUGCAAGCAAUGCCAGCACGAACGCGCCUCGAAAAAGCGAGUGUUGGAAGGAAACAUGAGGGGUGAUGAGCAAAGGAAGCUAGAGCAAGCAAAGGCUGUGUUUGCGACGAAUGCGGUGAAGUACCACGUCAACAAACUGCGGGCGCUAAACUGGGCACGCCAGCACGGGCAGGCGGUCAAAUAUGCCAUUGCAAAAGACACAAUUUCCAGCCGGGCGUUGCGAGAAAAACCGGACUUGGGCAAAGACAAGUUGACAUGGCUGCAACGUCACGAUCAGGACUGUGGCGGGCUGUACGGGGUUUUGCCCUUGUGCAUCGGCAUGCCGGUCACGGCAACCGAUCACUUGGAUCGCCGCAGAGGCAUACUGAAGGGAUGUCCGGGCACAGUUGUUGGAUGGAGCUGGCAUGAAGCAGCGGGCGCCGCAGCAGGGAGUACGACACAGAUUUGGAAUGAGCUCCCAAGUUGUGUCUUUGUCCGGUUCCAGACCAAGUCAGAGUGGCGAGCGCAGGGGCUGGCCACGGACAACGUGUUUCCGGUGACGCUCCAACGGCAAGCGUGGCAUCUGGACAAAGGCCGAAAGCGGCCCAUGCUGCGGGUGGUGCGACGGCAAUUUCCGUUGGCGCCCGGGUUUGCCACCACGGCGCACGCAGCGCAGGGCCAAACUUACGCAGAAGGGGCAGUCACGGACAUGCAGAUCGGCGAAGGCGGAGACCCGCUGACCGCAUACAUCGCUGUGACGCGAGUGAAAGAUAGGCGUGGGUUACACAUAUACAGACCAUUCGAUGCUGCACCCUAUCAGAAAGGACGCAGCGUAGGGAGAGCUUUGCUGUUGCAGGCCUGGCGCGGAGAGAGCAUUGACUGGGCAACGUUGCGCAUGCGGCACCGCGAGGAGGAAGUGUGUAGCGAGUGCCGCGAAAGCAAACCCAGAAGCGGGUACAGCGCCGGGCAAUGGAAACGGGACGCGGACGCACGUGUGUGCAGAGAAUGCGUGCGCAACUACGCGGCCAACAACACGCCCUGGCAAUGCAACAGUUGCAAGGCAUGGAAGCACGAAGACGCCUUUGCUAGAAUGUACACGCGCCCCGCAUGCACGUUCUACCGCGUGUGCCAGACGUGCGAGGCACAGAAGCGGUGCUACAAGUGCGGUACGGCCAAGCCGGAAAGUGCAUUCGGGGCGGCCGCGUGGACAGGGCGCCAUGCACACCGACGUGUCUGCAGGGACUGCGCCAUGAAAGUGAAGGGUGCAUGGCGCUGCGCCGUGUGCGCGGAACGUAAGGCGUGCAAUGACUUCAGCGCCUGGUCCAGGCAGCGCACUGCGCCGCAAAACGGAACGCAGCGUUGCAACGCUUGCGUCCUCAGCACGGCCCAGCGCGCAGCAGCGCAGCGCGCAAACGACGGACGUGCGCGGUGCAGAGGACGGCCUGCCCGGGCGGAUGCACCGGUCGACAGCUGCCACGGGCAGCGGUGGCCACGAAGUGUCGCUCAUAGAGCCAUACGGCGCCUGGCUGCGACGCGGACGAAAGUAGCCGAAGAAAAGAGACAGCAAGUCAUAGGUCUUGUACGGGAAGAGAUCGCUGACCAUGUGCGACAGAAGCAAGCCGAGGAUGAGGUGCUCUUUCCCCGGGCGCAGGAGCCGAACCGGAGCAAAGAAAGCCAGACGGCUCAAAGCAAGACGGAACCGGAGGCACAAAGGCUCUCCACAGACAGCAUGCCGUCGCGCAAACGCCGCAUGGAACCGCGACAAGACAAGCGCGCACAGCCGACGCCCACCAAGACCCAGCCCCGCACUCAGACAAUGCAAGUAGCACAGGCAGAGCCUGCAGCGAAGUGUGCAGAAGACGUGUCGGUGAGCAGCCAAGCCAGGACAGCGCCUCCGCCACAACGAAAGUCGCAGGCAAAGCCGCAACAAGCGACGCAAGCCACCCCGACCGUCGCGCAGACGACAAACGCACCGCCGGCAAAGUUGGCUGGACAGACGGCCGCCGCGGAAACGUUCCAAUAUGCGUGUCCGUUUUGUGAGGUGUCUGUGACCAGCACUGUGCGCACAGGCCAAGUAGAUCACCGCCGUGUGUGCGGGAAGUUGUUUCGUGUCAAAGACGGACACGUUGCCGCCAAGAACUUAGUCUAUGCGUGUCCAUUUUGCAAUGGAACUGUGGCGAGUAACGUGAGGACAGGGCGGGUAGAUCACCGAACCGUGUGCGGCAACCGAUUCCAUGUGAAAGAAGGCACGGUUAGCGCACAGACGCGGCAGCAUGAGGUGCUCGCUCCCCGGGCGCAGGAGCCGAAUCGGAGAAAAGAACGCCAGAUGGCGCAAAGCAAGACGGAACCGGAGGCACAAAGGCUCUCCACAGACAGCCUGCCGUCGCGCAAACGCCACAUGGAACCACAACAAGACAAGCAAGCACAGCCGACGCCCACCAAGACCCAGCCCUGCACACAGACAACGCAAGUAGCACAGGCAGAGCCUGCAGCGAAGCGUGCAAAACACGUGUCGGUGAGCAGCCAAGCCAGGACAGCGCCGCCGCCACUACGAAACUCGCAUGCAAAGCCGCAACAAGAGACGCAAGCCACCCCGACAGCCGCGCAGACGACACUCGCACCGCCGGCAAAGUUGGCUGGACAGACGGCCGCCGAGGAAAUCUUCCAUUAUGUUGUUGCAGGCAUGAACCCAAUGGACUUGAAGCGCGGCAUCGAUGCGGCUGUGAAGCUUGUCCUCGAGGAGGGCCAUGCCUUUGAGCCAAUCUUCAUCGUCCUGGUUCAGAGCAUUCUCCCCAUCCUGGAGCACGCUGCCAAAGCCCAGCGACCGCUACUAAUCAUUGCGGAGGAUGUAGAGAACGAGGUGGGUGAGUUGAUUCUAUUGAGCCUGAAAGAAGAUGUUCUGGCUACAAGGUACCGCGAUGCAUCAGCGCUCUCGAUGGCAGAACUUCGCGACUUACAUUGGACGGGGAGCGAUCACGAGUUUCUGAAAUGGCUGGGGGAUGUGGAUGAACAACUGUUCUCCAGUGGCGUGAUCGAGCUUUUCCUCAUGCUGCCGUAUCCCAAGGACAUGGCACGCCUUUUGGUGGGCACCUUGACCAAGGACACCCUGAUAUGCUUCGAGUUUGAGUUCGUGCUGAAGGCUGAGAACAUUUCAGUCACAAAGGAUGACACGGUGAUCCUAGGUGGUGGAGGCAACAAAGAAGACAUUCAAGCCCGAACUGAACAGAUUGAGGCCCAGACACACGAGUAUGUUGACAUGAUUGGAAGUGGCAUCAUUGAUCCAACCCUUGUGGUCCGAAGUGCCCUUGCGGAUGCCGCUUCUGUGGCAUCACUCAUGACAACAACUGAGUGUGUUGUGACCGAGAUUCCAGAAGAAAAGAGCAGUGGAGCUGGCGGCAUGGGAGGUGUGGCCUGCAAGCUUGGCAGCUUUGCAGCUUGCGCCGAAUGA